AAUCAAUCAAAUCAUUUACCUAAAAAAACGGAUCAAAUUGAUUCCUCUUUGAUUUUCAAGCAAAAUUAUUGUAUUUAUAGUAUCACUCACAGAGAUACCCAUAAUAGCAUCUCUCGAAAUUUCCAUGUGCUGCUGCAACAACAGCAACAACCAAAAAAAAAAGGCGAGCGAAUAACGUUUAAAAUUUCAAAAGCUUUUGGACUUUUUGGGGUUUUCCCUUUUUGAGAUUUGAAAUUUAAACAAAGAAAGAGAGAAAUUUCAGAGAUUCCCCGAUCCUCUGUUUUUACUUUUAAGACUUGUAACGUUCAAGAAGAAAGACUAGUUCGAACUUGGAAGCAACUCUGCUAGUGCUUAAGAAGGAAAGACAAUGGUACAAGAGAAUUGAGUGAAUGGGUGGUAAGAGUUCCAAGGACGGGAGUUGGGGGCGAACUUCAUCUAUCCGUUCGACUGAUUCUUCUUCUUCUAAUACGUGGGGUGGAUUAUAUCAGUCUCCGUUCGACCAAGAAAGUCAGACCUAUGCGCCGCCCCAACAUUCGUAUACGCAGCAGUAUCAUGCUCCUGCCCAAGACUAUGGUUCACAAAAUUAUGGUGUUGGUGCCGAGGACUUUGAUCUCAGAAGGAGACUAGACAGGAGGUAUUCAAGAAUUGCUGAUAAGUUCAAUUCAUUGGAGCAGGUGACUGAGGCUCUUGCACGGGCUGGCCUUGAGUCUUCCAAUCUUAUUGUUGGCAUUGAUUUCACAAAAAGCAAUGAGUGGACAGGUGCAAAAUCAUUCCAGAAACGAAGUUUGCAUCAUAUUGGAGGUGGCUUAAAUCCCUAUGAACAAGCUAUAUCCAUUAUUGGGAAGACAUUGUCCGCAUUUGAUGAGGAUAACCUGAUUCCAUGUUUUGGAUUUGGAGAUGCAUCAACACAUGAUAGAGAUGUAUUCAGUUUCUACCCAGAUGGGAGAUUUUGUAAUGGAUUUGAGGAAGUGUUGAGGCGCUACAGGGAAAUAGUCCCAAAAUUACGACUUGCAGGACCAACUUCGUUUGCACCUGUAAUUGAGAUGGCCAUGACCAUCGUGGAGCAGAGUGGGGGCCAAUAUCAUGUGUUAGUAAUAAUUGCAGAUGGACAGGUAACAAGAAGUGUUGAUACUGAGCAUGGAAAGCUAAGUCCGCAAGAGCAGAAGACUGUCGAUGCCAUUGUUGAAGCAAGCAAGUUUCCUUUGUCAAUCAUAUUAGUUGGAGUUGGAGAUGGACCUUGGGACAUGAUGAAGGAAUUUGAUGACAAUAUUCCUGCUAGGGAAUUUGAUAAUUUUCAAUUUGUGAAUUUUACAGAAAUUAUGUCAAAAAAUGUUGCUCCAGCUCGAAAGGAGACAGAAUUUGCUCUUACAGCCUUGAUGGAAAUUCCUUCUCAGUAUAAGGCAACUAUAGAGCUUAAUAUACUAGGUGAUCAGAAGGGCACUUCUCCCGGGAGGGUUCCCCUACCCACACCUAUCUAUGGUACAACAUCUUCCAGCAGUUCCAGCAGCUUGAAACCUUCUUAUUCUUCCAGCAGUUAUGAACCGACACCUAUCUAUGGUACAUCUUCCAGCAGCUUGAAACCUCCUUAUCCUUCCAGCAGUGCACCGAGUGUUCCUCCUUAUCAUGAAGAUAUCAACCCUAUGAGCACAGCUCCACCUGUUCCUAAUUCCACUUAUGAAAACCAGCUUUGCCCCAUUUGCCUUACUAAUGUCAAGGACAUGGCCUAUGGUUGUGGACACCAGACAUGUUGCGAUUGUGGAGAAGACCUUGAGAUAUGCCCAAUAUGUAGGAGGAAAAUUGAAACCAGAAUAAGGCUCUACUAAAUAGUGUUCUAUUUCCUUCCAAAAUUGUUUUCAUGCACGAAAUUCUUUGUAGUUAGUCAAUUUCAUCAUCCUUUGUAAUUAAACAUUUUAGAUUUCUAAAGAAUGAUUGUAAAUUGAUUUAUCAAUGCCGGAAAAUCUAUAAAAUGCAUUCCAAAAUACUUUCCGGCUUGAUCUUUGUUUCUUUUGCACAAAACUGUUCGAUUAGAUUUGGUGUUGCGCGAGAAAUCUUAUUGCUUAGGAUAUGAAUGACAGUUUUGCUAGUGAUACCUUUUAGUCU